CUAUUUCAUACACUAUUUCUGUACCUAUGGGACAUGCGAGUAAAUAGGGAAGAAUGCUAACCUACAAAAACAAGAAAGGCAAAAUGAGAGCGGGAGAGAUAGAUCCGAGGCGAGGGCUCCAAUUUGUUUCAUGCACAUUUGGUCGGAAGGAUUGGGGAAUUCAAUGGGGAGAUUGAGGAAUCGGAUUCUGAUCACGUUGGCCCUGCAGAUGAUGGCAUCCGCCGGCGCAAUGCGGUUUGAUUUGCAGUCCGGAUCCUCCAAGUGCAUCACGGAGGACAUCAACAAAAACGCCAUGACCGUCGGCAAGUACUCCGUCAUCAAUCCUCUCGACGGCCAACCCUUGCCGGACUCCCACAAGACCACCAUCCGGGUAACUUCUCCAGAUGGUCAUCACUAUCACUAUGCAGAUUCUGUGGAUGGUGGUGAUUUCGCGUUUACUGCAGCUGAGGGUGGCAACUAUAUUACUUGUUUCUGGGCGCCUGAGCACAAGCCGCCUUUCACAUUGUCGGUUGAUUUUGAUUGGAAGACGGGAUUUGCUGCCAAGGAUUGGUCGAAAGUUGCCAAGAAAGAUCAGAUAGAAGAGAUGGAACUCGAGCUUAUGAAAUUGUUGGACGCGGUGACAGCCAUUCACGAUGAGAUGUACUAUCUUCGCGAAAGGGAGGAAGAAAUGCAAGUACUGAAUAGAGCAACUAAUUCGAAGAUGGCGACUUUCAGUUUUCUGUCGAUCUUUGUUUGCUUGUGUGUGGCUGCUAUGCAACUAUGGCAUUUGAAGACAUUUUUUGAGAGAAAGAAGCUCAUCUGAUUCUUCGUGCUUCAUGUUUCUCUUGUUACCAGGAGACUUUGAUUUCUGGUUCUCUAUUGUGGGUUAGGGUAGAUGACAGAACUGUAUAACAAUCAAUCCUCUUCUUACCUGUUAGCUGAGGAUAUUUGAUAAAAUUUUUGUGGUCAAAAGAAUAUUCUAUAAUUGUAGAUAGUCUUUUUCUUUUUU